CCUAAUUGCUAAUCUGGUUGUAUAUAAACCCUAAUGCUCCAUUCUCUGUUUCUGUCUCUAGGACAAAACCAGAAUGGCUUCUACUCUGAUCUCGCGUAGGCUAUCUUGUAAGCUCUUAAAUCUCUCUCCUUCUUCCUCUGUUUACUCUCACUUCAUCGCCCAAGAAACCCAAAACUAUGGAUUUAGAUUCUUUACUAGUCACCACUCCAAUUCUUCUUUCUCACAACAACAUAAACCCUUGAAUCGCAAUUUUACCUCAACUUCUUCUGAUCAUAUCUCCAUUUUUGAAUCCCAAGCGCUAACUGAGCCAAAACCCGCAAAUUUCAAUCAUCAUUUUGUUAGAUCGUAUUCAAGUUUUACUACCCAAACCAAAAAUCACCAUUUUACCCUGUCAACAGCGGAAAAGUCCCGAUUUUUUUCAAUAUUUACAAGAGAGAAAUCCCAAAUCCCUGAUUUGAAGCGCAAGCAGAUGAUUUCAAGUAUUUAUAACCAGUUAACAAAUCAAAGACCUAGAUAUUUUUCUUCAAGCUCUGAUUCACCUUCUGGGUCUGAGAAAUCCCAAAAUCAAAGUGAAUAUCCAAGCAAAAUCCCCAAUUUCAAGCAUCAAGAAAUAGAGGGGCCCACCGUGGAAAGAGACCUCUCAGCUUUGGCCAAUGAGACAAGAGAGGUUCUAGAAACGAUGAUGAAGAGCAUCUAUGUUCUGAGCAAGGCUGUGGCUCUUCUCGGACUGGUUCAACUUGGGCUUGGAGCUUGGAUUUCUUACAUUACCAAAGCAACUCCAAUACCAGAGGUUUCUAUUCAAAGCUUUGUGGCUUUUGGGUUUCCUUUUACACUGGCUUUUAUGUUGAGGCAAUCCUUGAAACCAAUGUACUUUUUUAAGAAGAUGGAGGAGCAAGGUAGGUUGCAGAUUCUGACUCUUGCCCUACAAGUUGCUAAAAAUUUGAAUGUUUUCUUUGUGAGGGUUCGUAGUGUUUCUGUCUUGUGUAUUGCAGGCGUUUCAGCUGGGUUUUUGUUCAAUUUAUUAUCAAAAUGACUGCCUGCUUGAUUUGUUGAUUAGUUUUUUCAAUAAUUAUCAUAAUACAUUUUUGUUGAUUUUGCCUCAAAUGUGUUGUAUUGAUGAUGUAUUAAUUCAGAGAACUCUGUAUUUGAUAUUGCUUGUGAUCUCUAAAAUCCUUUACUAAGAUCCUGAUUCUUGAACCAAA